AAUAGCAGCUACAUUACAUGUACAAUACCGGGGCUCUGCAGUGUUGCAUUCUAUCAUACUAUAUCAAAAUGGCCACAGCGGUGCAGAACCCCCUCAAAUCGCAAUCUGGAGGUGCAGUCAUCAAGAACAGUCUUGGUGAGGAGUUUUAUAAGGAGGCCAUUGAACACUGUCGCAGCUACAAUGCCCGCCUGUGUGCCGAGCGCUCCAUGCGUCUCCCCUUCCUGGACUCCCAGACCGGCGUGGCCCAGAGCAACUGCUACAUCUGGAUGGAGAAGAACCACCGUGGACCGGGUCAUGCCCCAGGUCAGUUGUACACAUAUCCUGCUCGCUGCUGGCGCAAGAAGAGACGGCUAAACAUCUUGGAGGACCCGCGGCUUGUACCGAUCGAGUUCAAGAUCGACUACGAGGCUUCUCUAAAGAAGGAGGGGGGUAUCCCGGAUGGUCCUGUCCUGGAGUCGCUGCUCGCCGGAGAAACCCUGGACAAGAAGAUAGAAACCAAGGAGGAAGAGCCAAUGAGCGAGUGUCAGAAGUUGCUCGUCGGGGAUUUCCCUCAUGAGCUGGAGGUGGACGAGAUGGAGGAGGACGUUCCGAAGAGAAAGAACCGUACCAAAGCGCGGGCCUAUGGUGUCGGGGGCAUGAGAAAGAGACAAGAGCUGCCUGCCAUUGAAGACAGAGACAAGCCUUACGUCUGCGACAUUUGCGGAAAGCGCUAUAAGAACCGCCCAGGGCUGAGUUACCAUUAUACUCACACCCACCUGGCGGACGAGGAGGGGGAGGAAGACUCAGAGCGACACACGCUACCCUUCCAGCGCAAGAACAACCACAAGCCCAAGAAAGCACCGGACGGUUCAGUGAUCGCCAACGGCUACUGCGACUUCUGCCUUGGAGGCUCAAAGAAGACCGGCUGUCCUGAAGACCUUAUCUCCUGUGCGGACUGUGGACGCUCAGGCCACCCAUCCUGUCUGCAGUUCACAGUGAACAUGACGGCUGCGGUGAGGACUUAUCGCUGGCAGUGCAUCGAGUGCAAGUCCUGCAGCCUGUGUGGCACCUCUGAGAACGACGACCAGCUGUUGUUUUGUGAUGAUUGUGACAGAGGUUACCACAUGUACUGUCUGAGCCCUCCCAUGUCUGAACCACCAGAGGGGAGCUGGAGCUGUCAUCUGUGUCUGAGACAACUGAAGGAGAAGGCCUCAGCCUACAUCACCCUCACUUAAUCUGCGAAGCUGCGCCUCAUCCUCUCGGCCCUUCAUCCUCUCCCCAAACCACCUCUCCGCCGUCACCCUUCCCCCUUUCUGUGCCUCAGCUGCCCUCCACCCUUCCUCUUCUGACCAACUCGCCGCCACACUUCCUCUACAGUUUAUACCCGUGACCUUUGACACGACCGAGCACACGGCACCCACAGCGCCGUACCCAUUCGUGAACCCAUUCUCCAGCGGCGAGCCAACCUCCGUCUUUUUGUGUCACUCACAUUCCCCUGUUGUGCUUCAACUAACCCUCCCCCCCCUCUUCCUGCUCUGUCUCAACAGAGGAAUUCAUCAGCUGGCAAUAAGUUUGGUUUGCUAGCGAGACACACACUCCAGCCUGCCAAGGGCACUUCAGAGGCAUACUACUCCACAGGAACCCUCUUAAGGGCCCUCGGAAGAGCCCUAAUGAUCUUCAGCUGCAAGUCAGUCAAGAAGAGAUUGAGGAUUCAUGAGAUGGAUAGGUGUUAGGCCGAGGACAGGGGCUUGGAAGACCGUGGAUAACCACGGAGCAGUAUGUAAACCAACUGUGAAAUAUACACCGAACCAAAAUUUCAUAUACUCCCUCUGUCCUUUGUCUGCAGUUUCAAAAAAAAGGCUUGGGAGUGAAUUGUACAGAAUUACGACCGAUCCUCCAUCUUCACACGUUUGAGAACUCCCGCCCUCACGACGAGCAAACCUGGUCAGGAAACCCCCGGACCGAUCUUCGACCUCACCCCUUUCCCUCCCCCCUCUCCCACCCUCCAGUCCUCUCUCCUUUGCAUGAGGUUUGCGCAAAAAUUAAUGACGCAGUUUUCGGGGGAUUGACUCUGAAAGGUUUUAGUGUUCGGAUGUCAUCCGCGGAUGAGAGAAGAGAUGGAUUUUUUUUUUCUCUCUCUCUCUCUAAAUCAGCUAUCUCUGAUCAAACAAUGUAUUUAAAAAUGACAAUUUAGGCUUAGCAUCCCCCAUAAAUCCUUUACCCGACCUCUAUUCACCCUUCCCUUCGAUGAAACAAUGACUGUGAAGCCAAUGCAAGACUGAAACGCUCCUGGUGCUUGGUGUGUAUUAUGUGUGUUAAGAAUGUAGGAUUGAUGUGUGGACAAUGCAGAUCUUUGUCUGGCCCGUGCCACGGCCUAAAAACUCCUUUUUUAUGAUUCCUUUUUUUAUUUUAUUUUUUUCAUUUGCAUGUUGUUAUCUCAAUUGUUUUUAAAGACUUUUAACUGAAAUUGAAAAGAAAGCACACUUAAUUCGCAAUAAUGUGUUUGUGAUAUGAACUGUUUCUGGCCAAACUGGGUGUGUUUUAAACUCUGUGUGUGCCUGUGUGUCUGUUGGUGUGAGUUUAUCUAAGCUGUAGCCAGCUCCGUGUUAGCUGGGAGAGGAUUUCUGAACAGCAGGAAGGUUUUACGAAUGUGAGGAAAGUCAGCGUUUUUCUGUUGGGACUAAGACAUUGUUAUGCAAGUCACAAGUCUCAGCAUUGUAGUUCUAAGUCAAGAUGAUUAAGUUUUAAAGGAGUAGUCUGGCAUUUUUUGGGGGGCAGGAACAUGCAGAAACCAAAGAGUCAAAAAAGGCAAGUUUUGGUUUUUUUCGGUGGAUUAUGUGCCAGGCUAUUUCCUGGAAGUGACUCCAGGACGUUCCAGCACUCAGCCAAGUCAUAGUCUGGCACAUUACCCUUUUUAAAACCACUACCUGUCACUUUUACCCUUUGUGCAGAUGAAAUAAACGAUAUAAUGUGUUAAUUAGUGAGCUUUAGGGGUGCUGGUAGGCAGAUUUUGUAACCUUUGGACUGAGGCAGGGCAGAAACCUGCUUUCUAGUAUGUAUGCUAAGAUAAGCUAACUGUCUUAUCUCCUUAUCAAACUGUCGCCAAAAUAGCUAAUUAGCAUAUUUCCCAAAAUGUCCAAGUCCAAAUAUGAAACACUGAGUUCUGAAAGCUCAAAAGUCACGAUCUCCUCAACAACUUUAAUAACAUUUAAAAUCAUCAACUACAUAGUAACAUCUACAUUUUAUUUCUUCCUACCAUGAAUCCUUAAAUAUCCCAAAACUAAUCUCUACUACUCUCUACUAGCUUAAAGUGGUACUUUGUACAAAAUGUCCUUUAAGAAUCAAUUACGCCUUGAAAGACACUAAACCACCCCUGAAACUUAACGCAACAUAAUCUAACUUUUUGCUAAGCAGCAGCGCCCUCUGCAGCCGUGAAUGGUAAUUACUUGUGUUGGGCUCCAUGUCUGAACAGUUAAGUGGUUUUUAUGUGAUUCUGACCAGAGCUUUGACUGCGUAGUCCCAUUCACUGAACUAAAACAUGGCCCGAACAGGGUGUAAAUUACCCCAGCUUCUGGACCAGGAAGUGCACACACCAAACUACUCAUAAUUCUUGAUAUUUUCAAAGUUUUCUGGCUGGAUAUCAGAGAUGAAUGCUAGUUUUUAAUGACUUUUAACUCAUCUACAGUUCAGCAUUACUCUUGAACUCACUGGGCCUGAUUCCAGCAGUUUAAGCCGUUGACUAUCACUCGGUUAGCGAGGGACCAAACCUGCUAGCCAAAGUCACAUAGAGCAAGAAAUGUUAGAGGCUCCAUUUCCCAAUUACAAGUCAGUGAACCGUCAAAAUGAUGCAGAAGCUGUUAUUUUAAGGAUGAAUAGUUACAUAAUGUUGCUUUAAUCUUGGAUAAAUAUGAGACUAGAUUCUUUGUUACUCCCUUAAAGUGGUACUCCAUUCAAAAUAACCCCUUCAACAGACACUUAAACCACCCCUGUAACCUAAACCACCUCCCUUCUUUAUAUUUAUAUGGUCUAAACACAUGCAUGCUCUAGCAACAUACAAAAGAUCUUUGGCCUUGGUUCCAAAGUUACAAAGCAUCAGUUGUAUGAAGUCAAAGUCAAAAACGUCAGGUUGAAUCAGCCGGCUCAGCUCACCAAGUGAAACUAGUUGUUUUUAUCACCUUUGUGUCCCGCAAAACACAAGGCCGCCUGUUUUUUGAGAGUGUGAAACAUUGCUGGGAGAAAAUGCCGCUGCCUGCCAGUCUGCUCUGCACGUUACAAGCCGGUUUAAUAAAUCAGCACCUGAAGACCGGGCUGAAAUGUUAAGGCUGAGUUCUAGCCACCCAGCCAGCAUGCGUUUUUUCUUUCUUUUUUUGAGUUUGCACUAAGAAAAAUGUUGGUUUUGUUGUUUUCUUUAAAAAAAACCCAAAGGCCCAUUAAAUUACCCUCAACCAUUUUACUGCAAGACAAUUCUCAAGGCAACUUUAAUAGGCACAUUACAGGAUAGCUGAGGUUUUAUGUGCUGAUUUAGGAGGAUGUUUUCAGCAUUUCUGAAGUGUUCAUAUAAUAUAAAGGAGGCAUCCAUCUAGUGAUUUGUGAGCUUUAAGCUUGGAGACAAUAGCUGUAAAUAGAGAAUUGAAUUAAGGGCCAUUUCAUACACUGUUUCAUAUUCUUUUUAGGUUCGAGUGAGCGUCUCAUUUUAAUGCUGCAUCACGUCUCUAAAAAAGGAAAAUUCGCCAGAUCAGAUGGCUUGUGAGAGAGAAUGUACCUGAUCCUGUAAAAUGUGUUUGUUUGUUUGCACCAUCUGAUAGAGAAAGACAUGAGGUGCAAAUACUGUGCUAUCCCCCUUCAAAUUCAACGUAACUCCACUGAUGCAUGAAUGACACCUGGAAAUGUUUCAGAUUUCCAUAUGUUGAUAUGGUUGGUAUUGCUUUUUUUUUUUUUUUUAAAUAACGAUGAGAAAUAACCUUUAACUGCUGUUCAUUUCCUGUUUGUUUCCUUGCUUGUUUUUUUUGUAAUAAUCUGUGGUUUUUCACAUUUUGCACAGUGUGGCUGCAUUUGUGUGUGUGUGUGUGUGUGUGUGUGUGUGUGUAAUCACUGGAAGGUGAAGGAAGAGAAAAGCAAAGCCAACCAAAAUAAUGAUUCAUUAUUCAUUGUUCUGCAUUUUCUUUUCAGGUGGAACCACUUGCAUGGCACAGCACUGCUAGAGGAUUGUAAUGAGUACAGAUUACAACACAAGGCACUUGGAUUAAGAAGUUUCUUUCUAUGUGUAAUAUUUGCCAAAAAAAUCCAGCAGUAUUCUACAGAGCCACUGUGGUGACAUUUAAAGGAAAAAAAUAUUGAUGACUUUCUUAACGUGAAGGAACGAGAUCAUUAAGCAACAACCACAAUGAAACAAUUAUCAGUUGUUUAUUGACAAACAAAAGGGGUAUCAUCAGUGGCAACUUAGAAACACAGACAAUUCUGACUUGAUUUCAUUUUAUUUUAACCUUGGAAUGAAUUAUGAGAUAUUCAUUCACCAUGAGGCAUGGAGUAACUGUUAGCAAGAGAUCUUGUUCCUACGCGUUAAGGAAGUUGUGGUCACGAAACAGGAUCUUGUCCCUGUGCAUUAUAAAAGUCGUAGCCAAGUUAAGAAAGUCAAGGCCAACGGAAUACGAUCUCGUUCCCAGACAUCAAGUCGUGGCCAUGAAAUAGGAUCUCGUCCCAAGAAAGUCAUGAUCACGGAACAGGAUCCUGUUCCCAUGUGUUAAGAAAGUUGUGGGAUCUCGUCCUCAUGCAUUAAGAAAGUCGUGGCGAUGGAAUAGGAUCUUGUUCCAAGAUAGUCGUGAUCACAGAACAGGAUUUAUCUCCACUGUGUUAAAAAAGUCAAAGGAUGUCAUUCCCACACCAUUAAGAAAGUCGUGGGCAUGAAAUAGAACCUCAUCCUCAGGUGUUAAGAGUUGUGGCGAUGGAAUAAGGAUCUUGUUCCCACGCAUUAAGAAAGUUAUGGUGGAGGAGGAUCUCAUCGCCACAGGACAGGAUCUCAUUCCCACAUAGUAAGAAAUAGACCACAGAAUAAGACCUUUUUACCAUGUGUUAAGAAAGUCGUGGCCACAGGAUAAGAUCUUGUUCCCACACCUUAAGAAAGUCAUGGCCAUGGAACAGGAUCUUGUCGCCAAUGAAUCUUGUUCCCAUGUGUUAAGAAAGUUGCAGGAUCUCGUCCUUAUGCGUUAAGAAAGUUGCAGGCAUGGAAGAGAACCUCAUUCUCAUGCGUUAAGAAAGUUGUGGCGAUGGAAUAAGAAUCUUGUUUCCCUGUAUUAAGAAAGUUAUGGCGGAGUAGGAUCUCAUCGCCACAGGACAGGAUCUCGUUCCCACAUGUUACUAAAGUUGUGGCCACGCAAUAUUUAUUUUUCUUUCAGAUGUCCCCAGAGGAGCUGCAGUAUUCAAUAAAAAAAGUUUAUUUCCAUUAACCAAUCGGAGCUAACGUCUAGAUUUAAAGUGUGUUUGAGUGGGAACUGUUUGGAUGCUGAUGACGAUCGUUACAAUGGAUAUAUUUGUGUGGAUGGACGACGAUGAUGAUGAUGAUGGUGACUGAAAAGCCUUUAUAUUGGGAGCCUUCUUGGCGGCACUUAAUAGGAGAAGCAUGGUGGAGUCAAAACCAAUUUUUUGAUUGUACUAUCCGAGGAGGGUGGGGAAGCCAUGUUGUGUGGUGGUGGCGGCAUAUCGGUGUGAGCCUUCCCUUUGUACAAAUGGACAAAACCAAGAUGGUGGUGAUGAUGGGGGGAGGAGGGGCGGCUGCACCAGGAACCUCCAGGGCCUCAAACUGACGCCAUAAACCCCUGUCACCGCCGCCAUUUUUGGCUGUUUGGGGGCAGCUCAGUCUGAGGGUUGAGACUUUUUAGGCCGUUCUUGGCCUCUCUUGUAAAUUGUUGUCCUGUGAUCUUGCUUGCACUUUUUGUUUUCUUUCUUUUUGUUUUGUUUUUUUUUUUAUUUCCCAAAAACAAGAAACUAAUUGUAAGUAUGUGCGUAUGUGUGUGAGUGCGGGUGCACUUUUUAUUUUUAAUCAACAUUUUUUCAACGUGAUUGUCCGUUGUAAACGACACUGGAUAAAGAUGAGUUUUUAAUUUGUAUUUUUUACCUUGAGAGGAAGAUGAAAUCUUCUUGGACAUUUUUUAACCCCUCUCUUUUCCUCCCCCUCUCUCUUUCUUUCUCUAUCUCUCUUCUUUCUGGUACCUGGGAAUGCUUUGAAAUGUGGACUGUGACCGCAUUGCUGUCAUCACCGCUGUCAGUCAUUCUCUGUGAAUUCAUCCGGCUUUCUCAAUUUACCCGGUUUUUUCUCUCUCUUCCCUCGACUCAUUUUUUUCCAUUAAAAAGAUGAGAUUGAAAAAUGA